UGUAUAAAGCGAUAGAUUUUUUGUUGAAGUCAAGCGUUGACUUUGAUUAUCGUUAAACACAAUACUAAUGGAUACAAUCGUGGAUCCGAUUCACGACAUUGACAACAAACAAGUGCCUCAGAUAUCAACCGAUGAUAUGAAUCCAGACAAUGACGUGAAUCGCGACCAAAACGAUGUCCAAAACGACUGCAAAACCGAUGAACCGAUUAAAGAAGAAGAAAGCGCUGACCAUCUGUUGAGGUUCUCUCCCAUCGGAUCCACGACACCGGCCGACGAGACCGACGACAAGACAAGUGAAAACGAUGACAAGGAAAACGACGAUCAGGUGGUGUUCAACACUACAACCACAAGACAUCAGUAUUCAAAGGAGGAAUUGAUUGCGAUCUCAAAGCUAAGCACCGCUCGUAUUCGUCCCAAAUGUCUGGACAGUGCUUUCAAUAAGUAUGUCAAAUACCGGGCCUUUUCAUGGGUUUUAUGUUUUGAUACAAUCGUGGAUCCGAUUCACGACAUUGACAACAAACAAGUGCCUCAGAUAUCAACCGAUGAUAUGAAUCCAGACAAUGACGUGAAUCGCGACCAAAACGAUGUCCAAAAUGACUGCAAAACCGAUGAACCGAUUAAAGAAGAAGAAAGCGCUGACCAUCUGUUGAGGUUCUCCCCCAUCGGUUCCACGACACCGGCCGACGAGACCGACGACAAGACCAGUGAAAAUGAUGACAAAGAGAACGACGAUCAGGAUGUGGUCAACACUACAACCAAAUACGCGGACAACGGGUCCACAAGACAUCAGUAUUCAAAGGAGGAAUUGAUUGCGAUCUCAAAGCUAAGCACCGCUCGUAUUCGUCCCAAAUGUCUGGACAGUGCUUUCAAUAAGGCACCGGAGCUGACGCCCACUGAACACCCGAAUCCAAACAAUCGCUACAACGACUCGCGCGCUAACAACUUAUGGGAUCCCGAGAAAUGGAUGUCCAACCGGUCGGCGGCGUCCGGCGGCCCCACAAAUGGUCGUAACAAUCGUCGCGAUGGGAGCGAGAGUUUCCCUAAAAAGACGGCCAACGAGUUGACGGAGAGGGUGAAGGAAGAGGGCAAUGGACUGCUCGGCAACAUUGUGUUGAGUCCCCAACGGAACAGAAAGCGUGUGCCGACGCUCGCCUUGGCAAGCGAUCUUCUGCGCUUGCUAGCCAUGGGUGUUUUGGAUAGUUAUCGCCGAAACAUGGAUCGACCCGAGCGUUACGUCGGUAGCGGACGCAUCCCUGCGAAGGACAGAGACUUCCCGUCGAGUGAUUAUUACGGCGAUAAGGAUAGACGAAGCGGUGGCGCGUUUGACCGCGAAGGCGGCGAUAGACGGUAUGAAAGCCGCGGUAACGACAGAAACUACGAUCGAAACGGCGGUUAUCGACGCGACAGUCGAGACGGCGGUGGACGCAGUGAUCGCGCGGACAUCGACUACAACAACGACCCGCGGAAUAAAUCGGAUCGAUUCAGGAAUCAAAGGAAUAAUGAGCCGCAAAAUAGAGGUUACGGUUAUCGAAACGAACACCGGAACCGAUACGAAGAGGAGACGCCCGAGUGGUUCACAGACGACGAGCCGAUGACAUUCAUGGAUUUGGGCGGCUUUGAGGGCGACGAAAGGGGUAGUGAUAAUCACCGUAAGUCAAGCGAAGGCAAAGCUCAGUCCCCGAGCAAAGAGUCGUCUAUUAAUGAGAAUAAGCCGAAGAAAGUAGAGCCGAGCGCACGGCCGUCGAUGCAGUCAUCGUCUCCCCCCAAACCGUCUUCCGUCGGAGUGACUGACGCGCCGAAGAGUGAACCGCAGACCGCGAGCGACGAGUUUGAUGUGAACGCGAUGUUCAAAAUGGACGACUGGUUCAAAAACGGCCAGAACUCAGAACCGAAAGGAAUCUCAAAUUCUGUGGACAACGCGGAGCCCGUCGAGAGUAAAGGCAAAAGUCGUUUCGACCGAUGGGUCACUAAAGAGGCGCCCAAUAAUCAGAAGAUGUAUAACGAUAUGCCCGCCAACGCUGUCCCCACUCAGCACCAGAUGGAGAGCAAAAUGAUGCCACCGAUGGCCAGACAGACGGGUACUACUGAUCAUUCACCGAAUUCAUAUCAUUCACCCAAUCGUAAUAUCAUUGAUAUGCUUAUGGGCUCAUCUCAAUCACCCACUCAUCACACGGCAGCCAAUCCUCAUAAUCAGAAGUUUGAUCCGAUGUCGCGGCCGGCGACCAAUGCCAUGAAGCCGUCGAAUCCCGUGUCACACACUCCACAAAUGGCCAGACCUGUGACUAAUCAGACACCGAAU